AGACAGAAAAAAGAAAAGAAAAAGGUUUUCUUUUUCUUUGUGGACGGGAAGUGGAUCGUGCUCUCCGUCAUAAUUCCUCGGCCGAAUUGCCAAAGGGUUAGCUCUAACUCAACCCAGUCGCACCUGAAGAUCAGAUCAGAUCAGCCAGCCAGCCAGCCAGCCAGCCAGCCAGCCAGCCAGUCAGCCAGCACAAAGAUUCAUUUCAUUCAUUAUCAGCUUGCGACGACCCAAUUAGUUCUUAUUAACUCACAUUACUUACUUUACUUUACUUUACUUUACUUUCCAAUAACUAAUAACUUAUUUGACUCAGAAACUCUCUUCUUUUUCAAUUUAUGCUCAGAUCAAGUCAAUCCCACCCCAAUCCUCCAAUUCAUUCAUUCAUUCAUUCAUUCAUUCAUUCAUCCAUCCAUCCCAUCCCAUCCCAUCCCAUCCAUUUAUUCAUUCAUUCAUUCAUUCCUUCAAGAGCCUUCAACAAAUAUAUCACUUGAAAAUUCUGGGUAUGAGUAUUAAUACCUACUAUACCUUCAAAACAACAACCGUUCAGUUACAAACCACACAUCCAUACAUACACACGCACACACACUCAUCUCAAAGUCAAGCUCGACUCAAUUUCAGCCAACAAAUAAGUCAAUAAAUAAUUAAACAACAUAUAUUCCAACAUCGAAACCUCCCUCCAAAAUUUUACUCAUUCUCUCAUUCCUUCUGCCACGGGUGCUCUCAAUAUGGCACAUUUAAUCCGAUUACCACUCUCUCAUUCAGGUUCUACUGUCAAUUCACCAAUGUCCAUUCAUCAUCACCAUCUAGGCCAAGGUCCAACCUCCUUUUCCCCUCCACCCACCUCCUCUCCAGGACAAUAUAAACACCACUCACCUCUCAGCGACAUACCGAUUUCUCCUCCUCAUACUCGAUCCGCUUCUGCAGAGAAUACUGCCGCCCAAUUAGUUGAAGACUUCAGGAGAUAUUCGCACAAAUUAAGGGAUCAAUAUGAGGGGGAGCGAGCCCACAUUUUGGCAGACAGACAACGAGCAAUAGAAGUCAUAGCAGAAGAACGAGAAUUAUGGGAGAAAGAAAGAGGAAUGUUAAUUUCUCGAAUUCGAGAUCUCGAGACCCGACUGAUAUCCAAAGGAGAGAUUUUAUCACCCACUGGAGUGUUCAAUCUGGAUUUAGCAAGUUUUGGCUUUAGUCCAGCAGGAAAUAUGUUCACCAGUCCAACAGGCGUACCAAUCAUCAAAGGACCAGCAAAAGCAAAUGCAUCUCCAGGAGGUAGUGGAAGUUCAGAUUCGAAAAAAUCAUCGCAUGGUCACCAAGAAAUCAAACAAGAGUCUGGAAGAAAUGCCGAUGGAUCUCCAUUUUACGCACCAGCACCACAAAACCCGUCGAGAACAUUUUCAACAGAAUCAGAGUCACUGAGAGUUGAGGACAUUCAAGCGCCAAGACAAACACCAAUCCAAGUCAUUCAGAAAUUAACUCCAUCUGAUUUUGUUGGAUCCUCUCAAUAUAUUUCACCCGAAGUUGCAGAGUCACAUCACUAUAACGUGCAUUGGGAGAAGGAUGAGAGUAGCAAUGGGGAUAUUAUUGGUGCUGAUAGUAUAGAUAUAUCACAAAUCGCUCCACAUCUCGAAGGUGUACCAAUCAAAGCCAGCGCUGUGGAUCCAGUAUUCGUUGCUCAAGUAUUAAGUCCGAGAUCUGCCAGUCCGAGAUUAAGUCCCAACGUUAGACCGCCAGCGAGAGAUGUUGGUUUAACACUAGGGAAAGCACAUUUGGAAUCGGAGAAUAAAAGAUUAACAAUGUAUGCUGGCCAUACACCUAAUCAUUCCAUCUCACGCUUUUCGGAUUUGGUCAAGGAGAACCAAGAGUGCGAAGGGGAUGAAACGCCUAGGGGCUUCAGUGGACGUCUCCAUCGGGGGUCGCUUGCGCCAAUUCCAGAUGAGGAUGAAAGACUCGUAUUGGAUGGAAUAAAACCAGAUGAAGGAGAUGAUGAAGAACUACACGAUCGCCCAUUGACGGGUCUCUUAGGCCUUACCAAUGUUCUAGCCAGGGAUGAAAUUUUCCUCGAAGCACUGACGGAGAAAUUGGAAGAAGUAAAAAACUCACGACCGGGUAGUAAAGAAACGAGUCCAUCUGCGAGCGUAGGUAGUUUGAGCCCCAUUUUGGAGAUGAAAAGACCGAGGAACAGAUCUAUUGGUGGUGGGGGUGAAGAUGGAAGAGGCAUGGAGGGAGAGGAUGAUGAAGACGAGGAUGAGGAUGAACCUGUCGAGGUGAAGUUGAAGUUGAAGUCGAGUAUAAAUUUUGGAAGACCAAUGGGUUUUAGAUGAUUGGCUAUCGUUGAAUCUAUCAAUCUUGGCAAUCAGUGGUUUUCUUUUUGUCUUUCCUACUGGGCACGCAGACAUCCGAAUUGAUUUGACUACGAAGGACGGGCAAGAGCGCAUUUGCAUUCACGGACGGUAUGAUUUAGGAGUGCCGAAAUUGGAAAUCGCCCCUUUCUCUCCCCGAUUUAGCUUUGCACUGGGUUAGGUCGAAUCGAGCAAGUAUUCGAAAUUUGGAUGGACAGAAGGCAGGAAAGAUUGCAUCAAACUCAACUCUCAAACAGCAUGAUGAAACACCAUGGAUAGAACAUGGACGGGAUGGAAUGGGACAGGACACAUGGUCACAGCGGAUAGAUAGACGGAUGGAAAGAUACCCCUUUUACACUUUUAGCCUUUUUUUUCCCUUUACAAGAUUUCUUUUGUGUUGUCGUCAGCGGGAACAGAUUCGAUGGAUAGGAAUUCCUGCUUUCAUAUCUACAUAUCGAAUGAUAAUAUGAUGCAGUAUAGCGUAGCGCAAUGGAAUGGAAUGGAUUAAUUCGCUACGAAGUGAUAUGAUUUUAAUAUUGAGAUAGAUAUCCUUCCUAACCCGUCUAGGUGUAGGUGUAGGCAUUUGGAUAUAGAUGGAAAAAUGGAAAGAUAGUAUAGCCUCAUACCGUAUCGUGUCGCAUGGCAUCCCGUAUAGCGAUAUAGCGAAUAGCAUUAUUAGUAUACCUCUUCUUUU